AUGUCUUACAACAAGACCCCCCGCCGCACCGGCGCGCGCGCUUCCGCCGUCCCCUUGCCGCCGCCGCCGCCGCUCACCGACCUGGCCGAAUGGCCUUAUCUGGAGAGCAGCGCCGCGCGCGCGCGCAACACGUCUGCCACCGCUACUAGCGGCAACAACCGCGCCCAGCAACGCCUGGGUGACAUUAAUGAAGGAAGCCUGUCCCGGCAGGGCGUCUCUGAAGCAGAAGCUCAGGAUGAGCACUCCAGGAUGACCGAACAAGGCACCACCAACCUGACCCGGCAGGCCGUCCUCGAGCCCGAAUCUCAGGCCGAGACCGCUAUCCCACGCGGUAACGGCAUGCUCGCGCAGGAAAUGCCGCCUGAGCAACAACCAAGAGAGAGCUUCCAAGAGUUCGUCGAUCGGCAUAGGACAUUGGCGUUCUCUGUGCCUGUCACCUGGGAGGAUGGAGGGUCAUGGCCGCUCGCUCCGCCUAAUGGCGACGAGCCACCACCAAGCAUCGGGGCCGGCGCGACUCACCCAGCUCGGGAUGCUGACAACGCUCCCUUCCCCGCCAAAUGGUGGGCAGCCCUGCCCGAGGGACUCUUGCAAGAAAAGGCGAAGGUCGUCUGGCUGGAGAAGGGCAAGCCGAACUGCACUGCCUGCGGUCGAACUCACCCGCCGCCGCACAGCGACCUCGUCGCCCAACAGAACAAGCAGCAGCGCCGCCGUCAGCAGAAGCUCGAGCACCGCGCUAAGCAGCAAGCCGCCGCCGCCGCUACUACCGCUCCAGAGGUGAAGAAGGAGCCCGAAGAGGCCGGUCCUUUCACCACGCGGGCCCAGAACUCCGCCGCCGCUGGCAAGCGACAGAACAACCGAUGCCAGCGCUGCGGCAACUUCCAUUCAGGCCCGUGCAGGGCGCCCUGGUGCGAUAAAUGCGGCUCUGCUCACUUCAAGAAGAAGGGCGAGCCGUGCAAGAAGCGCGACAAGGAAGUCCUCGCCGGCGCCGUCAGCGCCAUCCAGGAUGAUCCGGCUUUGGCCCGGGACCUCGUGCGGGCGGGCAGCGAGCGCCCCGGCACGAGCGAGGAGAUGCGGACGCUCAUGGCGGCCAUCCUCGCGAGUGGUGAUCCCGCCCAAGCCGCGGCCAUGACGCGGGCGUACGUCGAACUCCGCGACGAGCGUGCUGCAAGCCAGCAGCAGCAGCAGCAGCAGCAGCAAGGCUGGCCUCCUCCGCGCCAGAACCAGAGAGGCCGCUCGUCCCACAGGCCGAGGGGCAGGUCAGCCUCGCCUCGUAGAGAGGACUCUGGUGGCGGCGGUAGCUACCGCGAGCGGUCGCCCAACAUGCGCCGCAACAACAACGAGGGUGGCGGACGCGGCCCAAGCCGAAGGCCUCCUAAGAACGGUUAA